GAAAACAUUUUCUUAGAAAAUUUUGUGUAUCAAUUGAUUUGAUCUCGUUUUUAAUUGUUAAUUGUUUUCUAAUUUGAUUUGUUUUUCAUUCUUUAAUUAAACAUGGCUGAUGUUCAGACUGUUAAACCUGGUCAGUUGAUCAACAAUAAAGCGGCUCUGAAUAGGAAGUUAAAGGAGAUGAAAUUAAAUUAUGAUUGGAUUGAGACUCUUGUUUUAACCAAUUCUGGUUCUAAUGAGGGUUUGCCUGAUGAUCAAGUUGAUCAUGAUUUUAAUCGUGAGAUGCACUUCUAUCGACAAGCACAAUCUGCUGCAUUAGAAGGUUUGAAGAGAUUACAUUCCCUUAAUAUACCAACUCGACGGCCAGAUGAUUAUUUUGCUGAAAUGGCUAAAAGUGAUUCUCAUAUGUUGAAAGUGAAGAAAGCACUUGCUGAAAGAGAAGCUGUUCUAUCUAAAAUUGAAAGAGCUAAAAAGAUGAGACAAGAAAAGAAAAUGGCCAAAAUGGUACAAAAUCAAGUGAAAAUUGCCAAACAAGCGGAAAAGAAAGAGUUGAUGCAAAAAGUUGCUCGAUAUCAAAAGGGUAAAGACAAAAGCCUCGACUUUUUAAAUGACAAACCAUCAGCUAAAAAGAAGGAAUCAAAACCACAGAAAUCGACCAAAAAAGUUCUCCACAAGAAGAAAGUCUAUGGUUUUGGUGGUCAAAAGAAAAGAUCCAAAUACAAUACAGCCGAAUCAGCGGCCGACGUUUCAUCAUUUAAACGAGGAAAACCAAGUAGUCGAGGAUCCAAAGGUCCAAUUAAAGGAAGCAAAAGUCCAAGAGGUGGUGGAGGUAAAAGCGGCAAAGGACCUCGAUCUACACCUAAAUCACAAUCAAAACGUGGUUCUGGUAGAAAGCGUUGAGAUAAAUUAUUUUAGAUAAUCAAUUUCAUAUUGUCUCUCCUUUUCCCAUGGGAUGUACAUAAACACGUUGUAAUUACUGAAUCAAUGGUAAAUUGUGCAAAGUUUGUACAAAUCACCUUUACAAAUCUUUUCACGAUUAAAUUAACUAAUCACAUGUUUAAUUUGGUAAUCACAA